AUGUUGAUUAGUAUUGAAGGAGAAGACGUACACUUGGUUAUAGGUGUACCAUUAAAUCACAGGCUUACUCAAAUUCUUGAAUCAGGAGCAAAACCUGUAAUCAUCUCCAAACAGCCAAUUGAUACUGAUUUAAAGGUAAUCUCAAAAGAUUAUGAUGAAAAUGAUUUAUUCCAAGAUGAUAUAAGAGUUGAUAGAGUCUUUGUGACAUCCAGCGAUCAAGAAUUGAUUGAAAAGGUAUUCAAAGAUUGUAAGAAAUUGAAAAUACCCAUAAAUGUUACUGACAAACCAGAAUUUUCCACAUUUACCAUACUUAAUACCUAUGUCAAAGGUUCUUUACAAAUAGGUGUUACCACCACUGGUAAAGGAUGUAAAUUAUCAUCAAAAAUCAAACGUCAUUUAAUCUCAUCAUUACCACCAAAUAUGGAAGAUAUCAUAACUAAUGUUUCAAAUAUAAGGCAGCAGAUCAAAGAUAUUGACAAUGAAGACAUUGAAGAAGAUUUCAAAAAUCCUUUAGUGAAAGAAUUCGAAAUGACUGAUGAAGAUAAGAAGAAAAGACGUUCCAGAUGGUUGAGUCAAAUAAUUGAAUAUUAUCCAUUGGAAAAAUUAGCAGAUAUUUCAUUAAAUGAUUUAGAAAGAUCUCCAUCACCUCAACCUGAAGAAGGACUAAAGAAAGGUACUAUUUCAUUAGUUGGUGCAGGACCUGGAUCACCAGAUUUACUUACCACCAAAGCUGUAAAUGAGAUUCUUACUGCUGAUUUCAUUCUUACUGAUAAAUUAGUACCAGCACAAGUACUCGAUUUAAUCCCCAAGAAGACCCCAAUCUUCGUAGCAAAGAAAUAUCCAGGAAAUGCAGAGCAAGCACAACAAGAACUAUUAGAAAUAGGGCUUUCAAAAGUAUCCCAAGGAUUAAAAGUAAUAAGAUUAAAACAAGGAGAUCCAUAUAUCUUUGGUAGAGGAGGAGAAGAAUUCAAAUAUUUCACAGAAAGAGGUUACAAAGUAGAUGUCGUGCCUGGAAUCACCAGUGCCUUAAGUGCACCAAUGGUAGCUGAUAUUCCAGUCACUCAUAGAGAUGUUGCUGAUCAAGUAUUGAUUUGUACUGGUACUGGUAGACGUGGAGCUUUACCACAAAUUCCUGAAUUCGUUAAAUCCCGUACCACCAUCUUCUUAAUGUCAUUACAUAGAUCCAAAGAGUUUGUUGCAUGUUUAGAACAAAAUGGUUGGCCCAUGGAUUUACCCAGUUGUAUUGUUGAAAGAGCCAAUUGUGUAGAUGAAAGAGUCACCAGAUGUAAAUUAGGUGACGUUCAUGAAACUAUGGAAAGAAUUGGUUCCAGACCACCAGGUUUAUUAAUCACCGGAUUUGCUUGUGAUAUCUUAUCCAGCUUAUCCCUUAAGUAA